AUGGUUGCAGGAAGGAAUGACGAUGCGAUUGCUGAGAGGUUUGAUGAGGAAGGUAUUGAGGUUUCUUGGGCUAUUUUCCGUGAUGCAUUUCAAGAGAACUAUUUUCUAGAAGAUGUGUAUGGAAAGAAAGAGGUGGAAUUUCUUGAGCUGAAGCAAGGUAAGGGAAAUGUGUUUGAGUAUGUUGCAAUAUUCCAAGAGUUGAUUAAGUAUUAUCCUCAUUACAAUACUAUGAAUGCUAAGAGAUCUAAGUGUCUGAAGUUUAUGAAAGGUUUGAGACCUGAUAUCAAGAAGGCAAUUGGUUACCAACAGAUUACGCGUUUUACGGAGUUGGUUAACAAGAGUAGGAUUUAUGAUAUGGAUAGUAGGGAGAGUUUUGCUCACUAUAAGUCCUUGAAUGAUAAGAAAGAAAAAGGUCAAUUUCGAGGGAAGCCUUAUGGUGACAAGGGGAAACAGAAAGCUGGUAAUGGCAAGAAGUCAAGUGGGGGAGGAGCUCGUACUUUGAUUAAAUGCUACAUGUAUGGUGUUGAAGGGAACAUUAGUACCAAGUGUGACAAGCCGAAGAAGGAGCAAGUGAAAGGGAAGGUGUUUGCGUUAUCUGAUUCGGAGACUACUGUUGAGGAUAAGCUAAUCCGAGAUAUGCAUGGAAGUAUGGUUAUUAAUACUCCUGCUAUGGGUUCAGUGACUACUUCAUUUGAUGAGGAUAUUGAGAAAACUGCUUUUGCGACGAGGUAUGGUCACUAUGAAUAUUAUGUGAUGCCAUUCGGUGUGACUAAUGCACCUGUGAGUUUUCUUGGUUAUGUGAUAUCAAGUGGCGGUAUUGUUGUUGAUCCGUCUAAGAUUGAGGUUGUAUAUCAAUGGGAAUCUCUGAGAUCUGUUGCUGAGAUUAUAAGUUUUCUUGGUUUAGCAGGUUAUUAUCGGAAUUUCAUUGAAGGAUUUUCCAAGUUAUCUUUGUCGUUGACGUGGUUGACUAGGAAGGGUCAAACUUUUAUUUGGACUUCACAGUGUGAAGCUGGAUUUCAAGAGCUCAAGAGAAGGUUGACGACCGCUCCUAUUUUGAUUUUACCAGAUCUAUCAGAUCCGUUUGUAUUGUAUUAUGAAGCUUCUUUAAUGGUUUAA